CAGGGGGUGAGGACGCAGCCUCGCCUCCGCCGCCAGGGGUCGCAUCUGUGGGGCGGCCGGCAAUGGCGGGCGGGGAGGGGGUUGCGGCUCCUACUGCCGCUGCUGAGGGGAGCGAAGCCGGGAAGGGCGGCAGCUACGACAGCAAGUGCGUGUUCUGCAGGAUCGCCCGCCGCGAGGAGCCGGGCACGGCGCUGCUCUCCUCCGAGUAUGAAGACCUUACUUGCUUUAGAGAUUGCAGACCUGGAGCUCCCCACCACUACCUGGUGGUGCCGGUGGAACACAUGGGAAACUGCAAAACACUGAAGAAAGAACACAUACCUUUGGUGAAGAGAAUGAUGGAAGUUGGAAAAGCUGUCCUCCAGAGAAAUAAUUUUAGUGACUUGAGUGAUGUAAGAAUGGGUUUUCACUGGCCUCCAUUCUGCUCAAUCUCCCACUUGCAUCUUCAUGUCCUGGCCCCAGCCAGCCAGCUAGGAUUCUUAUCCAGACUCUUUUACAGAAUCAAUUCCUACUGGUUUAUCACGGAAAUAAAAUCUUUGCUCUCACUUCACGGUGGACAGUUCAGUGGUGAGCAGGAAAUUCGUGUAAAUUCUCCAUUUUGGAUUCUCAAUAUUCCUACAGAAGAGAUGGCAAGGGGACUGAUGAAACGGACAGUAUGUGCAAAAUCUGUAUUUGAACUGUGGGGUCAUGGAAGAUCUGCAGGAGAGCUCUAUGCAUCUUUGAAGAACUAUCCAGUGGACAAGAUGCUUCCAUAUCUGCAGUCAGACUCUACUUACAAAAUACAUAUUCAUACAUUUAACAAAACACUGACCCAAGCACAGAAAAUAAAAAAGAUAGAUGCCCUUGAAUUUCUGCCAUUCAAAGGAAAAGUAAAUUUAAAGAAACCAGAACACAUCUUUUGGAUUUUAGAAGAUUAUGGAAUGGACCCUAAUAAUGUUCCAGAAGAGCCUUUUCACCUGUAUUUUGGUAGAUGGAUUGCAGAUGGCCAAAGAGAACUUAUUGAGUCCUACAGUGUAAAAAAGAGACACUUCAUUGGAAACACGAGCAUGGAUGCCUGCCUGUCUUUCAUUAUGGCAAACCAUGGGAGAGUAAAACCCAACGAUGUUGUAUAUGAUCCAUUUGUGGGAACAGGCGGCCUUCUAAUCUCCUCAGCACACUUUGGAGCAUAUGUUUGUGGUACUGAUAUAGAUUACAAUACAAUCCAUGGAUUAGGUAAAGCAACCAGAAAGAACCAGAAAUGGAGAGGGCCAGAUGAAAAUAUCAGAGCUAAUCUCCGACAGUACGGUUUAGAGAAAUAUUACCUUGAUGCACUAGUUUCUGAUUCUUCAAGACCAAUAUGGCGAAAAGGGACGCUGUUCGAUGCAAUCAUUACAGAUCCACCAUAUGGUAUCAGAGAAGCUACUCGCAGAACGGGUUCACAAAAGGAAACAGUUAGGACAGCUGAAAAAAGCACAGAAAAUCACAUCUUCGUUUCAUCCAGUUAUCAUCUGAGUGACAUCUUUUUUGACCUAUUGAAGUUUGCAGCAGAGUAUUUGGUGUUGGGAGGAAGAUUAGUUUACUGGCUGCCGAUAUACAGGCCUGAAUAUACAGAAGAGAUCAUUCCCCACCACCCGUGCCUGAAACUUAUUAGCAACUGUGAGCAGAUGCUUUCCAGCCACACAUCAAGGCGCCUGAUAACCAUGGAAAAGGUGAAAGAAUUCAAGGAUCAAGAUCAGAACUCUUACUUGUUGGAUGGACAAUAUCUGCCUUACAGGGGACACAAUUCUUUCCGUGAGAAGUAUUUCAGUGGUGUGACAAAGAGGAUUGCCAAGGAAGAAAAAGACAAUCAAAAGUAAAAUAUAAUAUAAAUAGAUUAAAAAAUGAGGAAAGAAUGAAGGUCGUGUUUCUUGGUAAGGACAUCUGGAUAUGAACAUUCAUUUGGAUACUUCAGAAAAAUAAACAUUUUAAAACAAGAUGAAACCCACAACACAGGUUGAGAGCAGUUCUUUUUAAUUAGCUUUGUUUAUAGCAGAUUUUAUUGUACAAGUUUUUUGAGUCUUAUUUAAUUUAUAUUUGUACUUUCAAGUACUAAUGAUGAUUGACUAAAACCAUUAUUACUGUUCUUUCACCAUUAGUGUUUACAAAAAAGUAGUAGUAUUAUUUGGCUUCUUAAACUGUAAACAUCUGGCUGUUUCAGGCACACGUGGUGGUGAUUAACGAUUGCUUAUUAAGAUGAUCAUUUUCGUUUGUUUUGCUUUUUUGUACAUGGUAUACAAUAAACCAAAAGAUUGUUGUGAGUUUUUCUUA